UGUAAGCCCUGGUUUGUUGGAUGGGGUGUUUGCCUUGCUGGUCCCGUUUGGAACAGAGCUUUGGUUACGGAGCAGGCAAAUGGCCGAGGCUUUCCGGGAAUGGGGACACGCAAGGUCAGCGAGGCAGAUCUGUGUGGACAAAGUACAGUGGGAGUCUGUUUUGCCUUCGGCACACUGAGCAUCACGGGUGCCUCAGUGCAAUCUGCUGCUGCCAUUGCAUCUCUUCUCGGCCCAUACUGCUGCUCCUGCUUCACUGGGAUGAAUGGGACCACCUACCUGGGAGACCCAUCGCAUUACAAGUGGUACCACCUCACCCUGCAGAUGCUGGACCUGUGCUUGAGUUUGGUCGUACCCUGAGCAUCUUUGGUUUUUGUGGUGAUUUUUGUGAGACUGCUCCAGUUUGGACAUUUAACCACGAGCACUGAUCAUAGUGGGGAAGGUGGAUUGCCAUCUGUAACACCAUUAACAGCAGCCAGGAAGGGCAGCACGGCUGUGCAAGGACAGGCAGAGCCUGAACGUGCUCCCAUCAGGAUCAGAAGCGCCCCUGAAGCCAUGUGCAUCAUUCCAUUAAAUGACUUGAUGAACCACUAAUUUGGCCCUUCAUACCCAUUACAUCCCAGUGCUCUUUCAACUAAAGGGACACACCUUUCGCAUACAUGGCCUGGGCCUCUGAAUUUAAAGGCUGGGGAAAAAUUUAUGGGAAUUAUACAACUUGCUCUCAACAUUACAGAAAGCAGAACCUGAAGGUUUGCCUUUCUGCUCUUCCUUGUGAUUGCGGACGCAGUGUGGACACAGAUCUG